AUGGCAGUGCUAAUUUUGGCAGCUCUGGGGAAGUCAUAUGCUAAGAUGAGAAGCAGCUAUAUCACAUCUGCAGUCUCAUCAUAUUCCUUGGAUCCCUGCACGUCAGAAGACGUACUGGUUUGUGGGAAGAAUCUAGGAUUGGUUAAUAUAGAACCAGCUGCUAGACUAAUUUAUGACUGCAGGGCUAUUGAACUUCUGGCUAACGUUGUUAUAUCAACAAAGUGCUCAACAGAUAUCCCAUACUGCUGUAAUAACACAUAUCGGUGCUGUGUGUACAACAGAAGGCAUGAAGAACUUUGGGAAACCUGGUACUUCUGGUUAGGCAUUACACUGAUUGCCCUGUUUGUGCUGACAUCUGCACUCUCAUAUGCUGUGGCAUACUUCAAAAGAAAGCAACAAAAUUUGAUCCGCAUCCACAAUGUGGCUACUCCCAGCAGUCCACCAAUCAGCACUGUCAGUGGACCUGGAGGAAUAAUACAGCCCAAGAUUGAUUACAGCAGCAAGGGUUCACAUUUGCGUGCCACGGCAUUCAUAACAAGCCCUGACCUAUAUCUGGAGGAUUUUGCUGGGCCUCUGGAUCCACCAUAUCCAGCAACACAACCCAUCACGGUGGUCCGUGGCAGUGUCCCACCCCAAGGAUUUCGCCACACGCAGCACUACACAGAGCUGGUGCUCCCACCUGGUUAUGUUGAUACUGAUUACCAUUUCAAGCACACACUAUGAGAAGAACACUGUAAAUAAAUUUAUGAUUAUAUAUCUAAGGCUAAGUGAAAUAAUCUGUGUAUAUGUGUACCUUCUCAAGUCUGUAGUACAAGAUAACUGUGAAAUCUCUCAGAUCAUCAUGUAACACAUGAGUAACUAUUACGUAAGAUUUACUUAAAAGCAAUUUACCAGUCCUGAACAAUCCACAAAUAAACAGAAAUUAUGUUGCUGGAAUUCAGCAGACUUGCAUACAUAAGUAGAUCAUUUAGUAUCAUCGUAGCUUUCACAAUGUC